AAAAAAAGGAGAUCCAGAAGGUCAAACCUUCUCGGGGGCGAAGUGAAACUGAAGAUCCAGUUCUGGCUUGGAUGAUACUACGAAGCCUCGCCUUUUUUUCACGGCUUUUGGAGAUCUCCGCUCGAUCUCUCCCUCCCUCUCUCGACGUGAGGAAGAAUGCAGAUCCGGCCCAUAUCUGAGCUUGUCAAAUUCAUGCCCGCGUCGCUCUAGCCUAGAUUCAAGAAAUUCCCAGAAGUAAAAAUCCCUCCUUUUCGUCUCAGCUGAAUCGGAAAGGGCGAUCGGGAACGAUGGGUCUGUCCUCGAUCAGAAUUCGCGCCAUCUCUCCUAGUCUCCUGGUCUUUGUAGCUCUCGCCCUCUUGGCUGUCGCUCCGAUUGCCUCUUCCCAGGAUUCUCUUGCUGGAACUGAGAGGGAAGGAGAACGCGAGUCGAUUGUCAAGGAUCUGGGUCGGCGCAGCAAGGUUAUCCUCAACAAGCUGGGUAAUGUUGCUGCCGAGGAUGGCACCUCUGUUGGGAUAAAUAUUGGUUUGGAUGGUCCUGGUCUCGGAAUUUUUGAUGCUUUCAUUGCGAGUCUGUCAAUGAUCCUCGUCAGUGAGAUUGGAGAUGAGACCUUUAUAAUAGCAGCUCUUAUGGCAAUGCGUCACCCAAAGUCAAUUGUGCUAUCUGGCGCUCUCACGGCAUUGAUUGUAAUGACAGUGCUUUCCACUGGACUUGGAAGAAUUGUGCCAAAUCUGAUAUCGAGGAAGCAUACAAAUAGUGCAGCCACAGUUCUCUACCUAUUUUUUGGGUUGCGAUUACUUUAUAUAGCAUGGAAGUCGGAUUCAAAGUCAUCUCAAAAGAAAGAAAUGGAGGAGGUUGAAGAGAAACUAGAGACUGGACAAGGGAAGACAACCUUCCGCCGCUUCUUUUCAAGAUUUUGUACGCCCAUCUUUCUAGAGUCCUUUAUUUUGACUUUUUUAGCAGAAUGGGGAGAUCGUAGCCAAAUCGCUACAAUCGCUCUGGCUACACACAAGAAUGCCGUGGGAGUGGCCGUCGGGGCGACAAUAGGACACACCAUGUGUACAUCAGUUGCAGUGGUGGGUGGAAGCAUGUUAGCAUCCAAGAUCUCACAGCGGACAGUCGCGACCAUCGGUGGCCUUCUCUUUCUUGGUUUUUCCUUGUCUUCAUAUUUUUACCCUCCCUUAUAGGUGAUAUUGUAGGCUAACAUGAUUCUUUGCGGGCUCUGAAAAGCCCAUGCUUCCUCAUUUUCUCUGCGAAAGUUGAUAUUAACUGAUGAUAAUCAGAUUUUUCAGUACUCUUUUGUACAAUUUUAGCCCAUGUUAAAAGGCUUCUGGUUUUGAUUCUC